UUUAUGUUUACGGAAGUGGAAACGCUUAGUCCAUGUUACUCAACCAUCCAUAUACUCAACCCGUUCCGCAUACCUGCGGUUAAAUUAACAUUUUUAACAAGUUGUGUGUCGAAUUUCGUAUUAGUUUAAUCGCGGGCAAGUGCAGUCGCAGUCAUGUGGGACCAUGAGAUCAGAGCCAUGGCGUCCACUCACGCCAUUCUCGCGGCUUCAGUGUUCAUGGCUACCGUCCUACCUGCCGUGUUCGUGCCGGGCUUCUCAGUGUACGGGACUCACCUGCUGUGGCUCUACUCGGUGUCCGCUGCGGUGACGGUGGUGAGUGUCGCCGUCUUCUGGCUGCUCGGAGUCACGCCGCCCACCAAGAAGCACACACUGGGAUACAAGCUGUCGCGGUUGUUUCGUUCCUGCCUGUACUUCUUCUUGUCGUGCCUGUUCUUCCAUACCCUGGUGGUUCUUUAUGGAGCUCCCCUGAUCGAGUCUGCCUUGGAGACAUUCUCCCUUGCUGUGCUCCUGACCUCUCUAACCACAUUAAGGUGUCUCUGCGUCCUUGGCCCCAACAUUCAGGCCUGGAUACGAGUUUUCAGUCGGCAUGGAGCAAUGUCAGUGUGGGACACCUGUCUACAGAUUACAGUUGCCUGCACAGUGGUAGGAGCCUGGGUGGGAGCCUUCCCUAUACCUCUGGACUGGGACAGGCCGUGGCAGGUUUGGCCUGUUUCCUGCAGUCUGGGCGCCUUGUUUGGCUUCCUGACCGGGCUUAUCGCCGCUCCUGCGUGGAUCCACUAUCACCGCAAACACCUCACAUAUAAGUGCAAGUGACAAGAACUGACAUGUUUAGGUGCAGAGUGUGGGUUUGUGUGUUUGAAUGUGACCAUGACUGUAUUUCUGAUGUUUUUGCAGUAACAUUUAUUUCGUAUUUAUUGGGAACAUUCGGUGUGCAGCUCGGGGGGAAAGAUGGUUUUGAAGCAACACAGACAGGACGUGAUUGUUUUGUACACAUGAAGGCUGAAUGAAUAAAAUAUGAAUUAUC